CAGAGAGUGGUUGUGUGUCUGCAUCCCAGGGGUCAGGGCUGACAAUGGGAAGAAUCCCAGGGACCCGGAAGACUAUGCCCUACUUGAAAGCCCAGCCUGAAGACCUGAAGGACCGGUCCUAACAGAGUAAGGAAACUGGUCGUUUCUCCUUCAGCCUCGCGCUACACAUGCAGCUCUCAGCAUGAGGCACAGCCUCCAACUGGCCCUCGUGUGUCUGAGUCUCCUCUCCGCACGGGUGUGCGUCCAGGGGAAUCAGCUUAACAUCGAGGUCAGCAGAAGCGACAAACUGUCCCUGCCUGGCUUUGAGAAUCUCACAGCAGGAUAUAACAAGUUUCUCAGGCCCAAUUUUGGCGGAGAACCUGUUCAGAUAGCACUGACUCUGGACAUUGCAAGUAUUUCCAGUAUCUCAGAGAGCAACAUGGACUACACAGCCACCAUAUACCUCAGACAGCGCUGGACAGACCAGCGGCUGGUGUUCGAAGGCAACAAGAGCUUCACUCUGGAUGCACGCCUAGUGGAGUUCCUCUGGGUGCCAGACACUUACAUCGUGGAGUCCAAAAAGUCCUUCCUCCACGAAGUCACCGUGGGAAACAGACUCAUCCGCCUCUUCUCCAAUGGCACAGUCCUGUAUGCCCUCAGAAUCACAACAACUGUUGCAUGUAACAUGGACCUGUCUAAAUACCCCAUGGACACACAGACAUGCAAGUUGCAACUAGAGAGCUGGGGCUACGAUGGAAACGACGUCGAGUUCAGCUGGCUGAGAGGGAACGACUCUGUGCGGGGACUGGAAAACCUGCGACUUGCUCAGUACACCAUACAACAAUAUUUCACCUCAGUUACCAGGUCACAGCAGGAAACAGGAAAUUACACACGACUGGUCUUGCAAUUUGAGCUUCAGAGGAAUGUCCUGUAUUUCAUUUUGGAAACCUAUGUUCCUUCCACUUUCUUGGUGGUGUUAUCCUGGGUCUCGUUUUGGAUCUCCCUUGAUUCAGUUCCUGCAAGAACCUGCAUUGGAGUGACCACCGUAUUGUCAAUGACCACACUGAUGAUUGGGUCCCGUACCUCUCUCCCGAACACCAACUGCUUCAUAAAGGCCAUCGAUGUGUACCUGGGAAUAUGCUUUAGCUUCGUGUUUGGGGCCCUCCUGGAAUAUGCAGUUGCCCACUACAGCUCCUUACAGCAGAUGGCAGCCAAAGAUCGGGGGAAAGCAAAGGAAGUGGAAGAAGUCAACAUUACUAACAUCAUCAACAGCUCCAUCUCCAGCUUUAAACGGAAGAUCAGUUUUGCCAGCAUUGAAAUUUCCGGAGAUAACGUUGACUACAGCAACUUGACAAUGAAAACCAGUGACAAGUUCAAGUUUGUCUUCCGAGAUAAGACAUCCCUAUGGAGCCCAAGAUUACAAGCCCUCUCAGGACUGACUGCCCAGUGGCUCCCUGGUCUGCAUUUAACUCAUACGAAAAAGGAACGGAAGCUAUUACAUGUAUUGAGUCAAGUGGCAGAGAAACGAACCAUGGCUUUGGAAGAUCAUCUCUCUCCUAUCCCCGUACUAUAGGCUGUCCUUCUUCCCCCCUUUAUGAUAUUGCUAACAAUUUAGUUUCUAUGGGUUUGAUCAACUGAGCUUUUUAAACGAAAUGUUUCUGAUGGGAAUGGAAGAAUUAAAGAGGUGGAUGCAACUGUAUGGUUCAAUAAUAUUUGUGAUUCUUUUUAAUAAAGAUUGAAAGGAAAUAUCUGUUUUGAAACUCCA